AGACACGUCACAUCGGCUCAACCAUGUUGUAGGAAAUCCACCGCUGCUCCUCACUCACUCUGUCAGAUUAGAGUUUAAUCCGAGGGGGAGGAUACACUGUCAAGUCGCUCUGCAUCUUGGAAGGACUCUCGGUGUAUAUGCAUACUAAGUAAACGCGUUUUUACGUGGGACUGUAUUUCGUUCUACAAUAAACGGCCUGUACAUAGAAGAUGAAACACCAGUUUUCCGUUGCUGUCUUUGCCUGCCCGACGUCUUGCCAAUACGUUAAAAUGUUAGCUGGCUAACUAGCUGAGAAGGAGUAACGUUAACUAAUUCGGAUUAACGUUAGCUGAUAACGGCAGCCUCCCUUCUACGUAAUAUCCAGGUAUCAUUUGUUGUGCUCGAUAACUAUUAGCUACACAGCGAACGGUCGCCUCUGUUAAUUGUUUUUGUUUGUUGAAUGUCUAUUACCUUCCUCCAUUUUUGUCAACAUUACUUCUUUGUGCUGUAAGUAUUCGCUAGCAUUAAUGUUGCUGCAAGCUAGCUAGGUUAAUAGCCACUCAAACCACAACAAGAGCCGGAGCUCUUUCGCUGGCUAAUCGUCUCGGUUUUUUGGGAAAGAGCAGACAUAAAAUUAGUGCCUCCGACCGCAACCGAAAGUCAAGACGGCGUUGACGGCCAGGCUGAUGUGCUAGCUUGUCUUUUGGCCAGCUGGCAAGAGAGCUGCUGUACAAGAUUGUAUUCCCGAAGUUAGCCUUCAGACGAAGCAAAGAUGUCAGGAAAGGAUAAAGACAAAGUCAAACAAGAGAAACAGUCCACAACGGAGCGGCUGAUAAAAGCUGUGCCAUACCCUCCACAACAUAAGCUGACUGUGAAAGAGAUAUAUGAAGAUGGCAAGCCCAACGCUGAGCUGCUCCGCAACCACCUUGUCAAAGAGGGCAGAGUGGAAGAGGACGUGGCUCUAAAGAUCAUCAAUGAUGGGGCUAACAUCCUUCGCCAAGAGAAGUGCAUGCUGGAAGUGGAGGCGCCUAUAACAGUAUGUGGGGAUGUCCAUGGACAAUUCUUUGACCUUAUGAAGUUGUUUGAAGUGGGGGGAUCACCCAGUAACACACGGUAUCUCUUCCUCGGUGACUACGUAGAUCGAGGAUACUUCAGUAUUGAGUGUGUUCUUUACCUCUGGUCGCUCAAGAUCAACCACCCCACCACACUCUUCCUCCUGCGUGGGAACCACGAGUGCCGACACCUCACAGAGUACUUCACCUUCAAACAGGAAUGUAAAAUUAAAUACUCUGAACGUGUGUAUGACGCCUGUAUGGAGGCCUUUGACUGCCUGCCUCUCGCUGCCCUGCUCAACCAACAGUUCCUAUGUGUACAUGGCGGACUUUCACCAGAAAUCAACUGCCUAGAUGACAUUAGGAAGUUAGACAGGUUUAAAGAGCCUCCAGCAUUUGGGCCAAUGUGUGAUCUGAUUUGGGCUGACCCCGGUGAGGACUAUGGCAGUGAAAAGACAUCUGAACACUUCAACCAUAACUCCGUCAGAGGCUGCUCAUACUUUUUCAGUUACUCAGCCGUUUGUGACUUUUUGGUAAAUAAUAACUUGCUGUCAGUAAUAAGAGCCCAUGAAGCACAGGAUGCAGGGUAUCGUAUGUACAGAAAAAGCCAGACCACAGGCUUCCCUUCAUUAAUCACAAUCUUUUCCGCUCCAAAUUACCUAGAUGUCUACAACAACAAAGCUGCUGUAUUAAAAUAUGAGAACAACGUGAUGAACAUUCGACAAUUCAACUGCUCCCCCCACCCUUACUGGUUGCCGAAUUUUAUGGAUGUCUUCACAUGGUCUUUGCCGUUUGUUGGAGAGAAAGUGACGGAGAUGCUGGUGAACGUACUGAACAUUUGCUCUGACGAUGAGCUCAUGUCAGAGGGAGAUGACCUAUAUGAAGGUGGAACCUCAGCGAUGCGUAAGGAGGUCAUCCGAAACAAGAUUCGCGCUGUGGGGAAAAUGGCCCGAGUCUUCUCAAUCCUCAGGGAGGAAAGCGAGAAUGUGUUAACACUCAAAGGCCUCACCCCAACUGGAACCCUUCCUGUGGGAGUGUUGUCAGGGGGAAAGCAGACCUUACAGACUGCAACGAUUGAGGCAGCUAAAGCACAAGCCAUUCAAGGCUUCUCUCCCACGAGGAAGAUUCGUAACUUUGAGGAGGCACGCGGCCUGGACAGGAUAAACGAGAGGAUGCCACCGCGCAAAGAUGGCCAGCUGCCAGACGGCACCACGAUCAACACCAACACCCCCACCUCCAACAAGAACGGCACGGAUGGAUAGGCAACAGGAACACCGCCCUCCCAUCUUCACACAACCAACAGCCCCUGACUCAUAGCCCCUAACCACUCUCUCUUUGUGUCUCUCUCCCUCUGUCACCUCUACUGAAACUGCAUGUCCAUCUUCCGCUCGCCCGCAGUCGGGCGGGGAAAGGAAGCGGACACAUCGGUAGAUUAAAAAAACAAAACAAAAAGGAGGCCACAGCGCUGGGAGAAACACUUUCAGCUUCUGAAAAAACGUGCGUUAUAUGGAGACAAAAUAUUUAUUUAGGAUUAAAUAUAUUAGAUAUAUUGUUUAUUAGUAACAAAUCAUUCAAUGAAGACAUUUUGCAAGUGUAUACUGUACACUGAAGUCCUAACUUA